AUGCUAAUGGGACACCAGCACUGGGUCACUGUUCCAAUUGAAGAAUCUGUCAUUGAAGAGCAGAAAAGCAAUGAGGAAUCUGAGAAACAUCUUCAGAUUCCCAUUGAAGAAAUCAUUGUAGAAGAGAACAAUGAAGAAUCGGAGAAACAUCUUCAGGUUCCAAUUGAAGAACCUGUCAUUGAAGAGCAGAAGAGCAAUGAGGAAUCUGAGAAACAUCUUCAGAUUCCCAUUGAAGAAAUCAUUGUAGAAGAGAACAAUGAAGAAUCGGAGAAACAUCUUCAGGAUGAAAAACCUUCAGAAUCACCGGAGGAAACAUCACAACCUCAGUUUGUUGAUUGUAGAGAAGAACCAUCGGAAAAUGAAGAUGAUGUUUUUUGCUCAGCUGAAUCUGGAAAAUUGGCGGAAACAUCGGAAACAUCAGAACCUCUACAUGGUGAUGAUGUUUUUUGCUCAGCUGAAUCGGGAAAAUCGGCUGAAACAUCGGAAUCAUCAGAAACAUCAGAACCUCUACAUGGUGAUGAUGUAAGUAGCACAGAGUAAAAAGUGCAUCUCAAUAUUCAAAUCCUGUACCGUGUUUUUUAGAUUUGCUGUUGGCCAAUUCUUUGAUUUUUUUUGAAGUUGAGUUAUAACUCAAACCCUUACAGUAAAACGAUCAUCAUUUAUUUAUAUAGCGCCAAGUUCCUUAGUGCUUUAAUG